UCGUGGUCGACGCAAUAUGACGCAAAUAUCAGUCUUUGCUUAGCCUUUGCCACAAGAUGUACAUCCACGUUUUACAGCUGAUUAUCUUGGCCACAUUCCUGGCGGGCACCAGCCAGCUAUCGCUGCCCACCGAUAACACUUACCAUGCCGGCGUUGUCGAAUAUCCGGACGAGACGGGCACCCCAAGGGAGCGCACCACAAAGGCCACCGAGGGCUUUGUGGCCAUAUUGGAGUCGAAUGCUACGGCAGAUCUCGAUAUACUUGUCUUUCCCGAGUCUGUGCUGAGUAAUCUGGAGAUGGCCACCUUUGUGCCGCAUCCGGCACAGAAUAUAACACCCUGCUAUUCGCCCGAUUACGAGCUGUUCCUGGUGGAGUUGUCCUGUGCGACGCGCUCGCGCGGCAUCUAUGUCGUGAUCAAUGUGGUGGAGAAGGAGCUGUGCGGCGAUAAUUACGGCUCCGAUACGCUCAAUCCGUGUCCGUCCGCUGGCUUUCGUUAUUUCAAUACGAACAUUGUGCUGGAUCGCAGCGGACGCGUCGUCUCCAGAUAUCGCAAGAGUCAUCUCUGGCGGCGCGAGUAUAAUACACGGGCCACAAUGCGACAGCCGGAAUUGGCCAUCUUCGAGACGGACUUCGGUGUCACAUUUGGUCAUUUCAUAUGCUUUGACAUGCUGUUCUAUGAGCCGGCAAUGCAGCUGCUGCUCGAGCGCAAUGUGACGGACAUAAUUUAUCCGACAUAUUGGUUCUCGGAGCUGCCAUUCUUGGGCGCAGUGCAGCUGCAGGAGGGGUGGGCGUAUGCGAACAAUGUGAAUCUAUUGGCUGCCGAUGCCAGUCAACCCUCCGGCCGGACCUCCGGCUCCGGCAUCUAUGCGGGGCGCGCUGGCCGCCUUGCUGCCGUCAUCCAUGAGCAGCCCACGCUGCAGUUGCUCAAGGCGCAUGUGCCCAAACGUACGCCCACAACGGUCGGGAGCGGCAGCGGGGACGGUGGCAGAAUACCCGAGCUGCCGGCGCAGGUGGUGCCCGCGUUCGAGCCGCAGCUGGUUACGCCACGCUACACAGAGCUCGCCACCUACAGGGACUACAAUGUGGAUAUAUUUAGCACGCGCCUGCUGGAGGCGGAGUUUCAGAAUGUGACGCAGCGCUUGUGCCACGGCGACUUCUGUUGCAGCUUCCAGCUGCAGCGUCGUCCCACUUCCAUUUCCGUUUCCAGCACCACCACCAGCUAUGCCUCAUACCGCUAUCGCCUCGGCGUUUAUCUGGGCAAUCGGACCGCUCUCAUUCUGGUCGACCGCAGCGAGCUGGCGGUAUGCGCCCUCUUCGCCUGCCUGGACGAGCAGCUAAGCAGCUGCGGUCGCAUCUAUCCCAAGCACAUCGAUGUGGCCAAUCGCUUCUACUUUGAGCGCAUUCGCAUUGAGGGCAAUUUUCCGGCUGCUGCCCGUCGCCUCAUCAUGCCCAGCACCUUGGAUGGCUCGAUGAUGCCGCUGAGCGUUGCGCAGUUCAAUUGGACCGAAUCGCCGCCGGCCAAACAGUUGCUGGCCACACAAAUCCAGCUGGAGCUGCUGUUGCCCAAAAACGACCUAUUGACCUUUGGCAUUUGGGCCAAUUACUUUACCCAGCUGCCCAGCACGCACAAUUUGAAUCAUCUCCAGCCUGCGGCUAUGCCUGCUCCGGCCGCCAGUGCGCCCAAUGCCAGUGCAGGUGUUCCAGGUGUUGCAGGUGGUGCAGGUGGUGCAGGUGGUGCUGCGUCUGCAGCCGUCUCAAUCCUGUGCCUGCUGCCACUUUUACCGCUCCUUCUGCAGCUGUAGGCAACGGCAUCUGUUUCUAGCCAGGCUGCUGGUUCGGCUCGUGGUUUGAACCAAUGUCUUCUCCCUGGGACGGUUCGAUUCGUGUACAAUUUCAACCCGAAUCUUGGCCCGACACAUUUUUUACUUUUAACUAACUAACAAAUUAUUACAAAGAUCAUUUAUUAUAAUAUAUAUUCAAAAACUUUAUAGACAAAAUUAACAAUUUUUUAAA